CAGAUCCGCGGCGGCGCGCACUGAGCCGAGCAUCUAAAGCACCUUGGAGACGCCACUGGUCUGAUCCGACGCGCAAGAACGCACCGGCACACCGACACACACGCCCUCCAGAUCCACCUGAAACCUCCAAGCCGGUUAAUUGUCCAGUUUGAAGGCCGUGGAAAGCGAGACUGAACCCCGGUUCAUUUGCAGCCAGAACACCGUGUUCCCAUGAUGUCAUACCUGUGGAUUCUGCUAUUAGGAAGCCUGCUGGCUACAAGCGCCAAGGCACAAGAUGAUCAAGUCCCAGCAGAAGAGGAGAAAGCAGCUCCUGACGCCCCGGCCCCUGCAACUGAAGCACCCGAGGUCGAAGGAGAAGCUAAGGCUGACGAGGGAACUGACCAUAAUGCAGAGGAAGUACCACCUACGGUAAGCGAACCUGAGCCCACUGCUGAGCCUGAAUCCGAAGGCGAAGAACCAGCAGGUGAAGACGCAGAACAAGCAAAUCCUGCAGCCGGGGACGAAGAACCGGUAACUCCUGCAGCCGGGGACGAAGAACCGGUAACUCCUGCAGUCGGGGACGUAGAACAAGCAACUCCUGCAGCCGGGGACGAGGAACUGGUAAAUCCUGCAGGUGAUGACGCAGAAGAGGCGACUGCUGCAGCCGGGGAAGCAGAGGAAGUGACUCCUGCAGCAGUAGACACAGAGGGUGAAGCGGCUGCAACAACACAAGAGCCAGUAACUGAUCCAGAGGAAAAAAAUCCAGAGGGUGAGCUACCAACAGCUGAUGUGGAGGAGGAAACUACUUCAAGCAUUGAUACAACACCCUCUCAGGUGGGGAGUGAACCUGAAGGUAAGGCCACACCAGGGUCAAAUCCAGCUGUAGAAGAUGGGCAGGAACAACCAACUGAUCCAGUUACUGAUGCGGGACAAACUGAGGGAAAUGUAGUACCAGACAUCAGAACAGGAGUGAAGGACCUUGUCCCUACAGUUAAAGUGGAUGGUGAUACCCCUGAGGUGAAUUCAGGCUUUAACUUGGAGGAUGCUGUGGACCCCAAGGAGGACACCCAAGUACCUCCAGGAAAGAGCCGCAGUAUAGAUGACAAGGCCCAUGUUGCCGGCGCCGCAGGAGAUGCAAACGAACCUCAGGCCCAAGAAGGCAGCUCCAGCUCUUUAGCAGGCAUCCUCAGUACAGUUGGUGUGGCUCUUGUGGGAGCAGUUACUGGAUACUUCACCUAUCAGAAGAAGAAACUCUGCUUCAAAAAUAGACAGGAAGCCGAUCCAGAGGCUGCACGCAAAGCUGAUGCAGCAGAGGCCCAGUCAGAUCCCCAGGUCCUUAGCAACCUGCUGAACUCAUCCUAGACCAGCGAUGAUCCCAUGACUGUCUGGACCAACUACAGUCAAGCAAAGUGGCAAUCUCACUGUUAGGCUCUAUCCUGCAUAGAGCUAAAUUACUGUGAGGCCCAGAGUAGGGCUGUGUGUGUAUCUGUCUUGAUUGUGUGUGUGUGUGUGUGUGUGUGUGUGUGUGU